AUGGCAUCCUUCAGUAGCGAAGAUUCGUUUCAAGAUUCGACAUCCCUUUCCCUAAAUGAUUUAGAAAACCUGCACAACUUGCGCAGCCGGUCUGCGAGUCUCGGCAGCACAGGCUCCAUUGGCCGCUUCCAGCUCCGUCAGCGAGUAGCCCAGCUUAUGGCUUGUGUAGAGGACAUCAGCUCAGAUGAUGAAAUUCAUGAAGAAGUGUCUCGCACUCUAGAUGAAGCUUUCCUUAUCUGGGGAAAAAAGCUGAAGGAUAAGUGGCAAGAAUUCAGAUUACACAUAGUUACCUGGAAUGUUGGCACAGCUUCUCCACCUCCUGAUGUCACUAGUUUACUUCAGCUUAAUUCACUGGGCCCAACUAUGGAUAUGUAUGUUAUAGGCUUACAGGAGGUGAACUCAAGAAUCACAAAUUUUCUCUCUGACUUGGCAUUUGAUGAUCCGUGGAGCAUUUUUUUCAUGGCUGUAUUGUCUCCAUUGGGAUAUAUGAAGCUCUCCUCCGUUCGCAUGCAGGGAUUGCUACUCCUGAUCUUUGUGAAGCAUGUCCACCUUCCUUUCAUACGGGACGUUCAUACCCACUACACGCGCACAGGCCUGUAUGGAUACUGGGGGAACAAAGGAGGAGUCACCAUUCGCAUGUCCCUCUAUGGUCAUACAAUUUGUUUCAUGAACUGCCACUUGCCAGCUCACAUGGAGAACACAGAGCAGCGGUUGGAUGACUUUGAGAAAAUUCUGGAAAUGCAGUUUGAAGGAGAGAAUAUUCCAAGUACCUUGGAUCAUGAUGUUCUCUUCUGGUUUGGAGAUCUGAACUUCCGGAUAGCAGACUUUGGCAUACAUUUUGUACGAGAGUCAAUAAAUAACAAGCGUUACAAUCUGCUGUGGGAGAAGGACCAGUUAAAUAUGGCAAAAAAGAAGGAAGCAUUUCUUCAGGAUUUCAUAGAGGGUCCUCUGCAGUUUAAACCCACCUACAAGUUUGACCUUUAUUCGGAGGUAUAUGAUACGAGUGAGAAGAAAAGAAAGCCAGCAUGGACUGAUAGAAUUCUUUGGAGAAUGAAAAAUCUCUGCCAGAAUGCAUCAAAGGAAGACGAAUUCUCUGAAGAACAGACAAUUUCUGUUACUUUGAAUAACUAUAUCAGUCACAUGAGCUAUGGCAUCAGCGAUCACAAACCUGUUACAGGAACUUUUGGGCUUCAGUUGAAGCCUCUUGUAUCAGAUCCUUUAAUCACAGUAAAUCCAGAGGGGGAGUGGAGCGCGGAACAUGAUGUUCUAAUCAGCUAUUCUGCUGUGCCUGAUUUCCCAAGCAGUGCUUGGGACUGGAUUGGACUCUUCAAGGUGGCUUUCAGGCAUGUGAAUGACUAUGUUACUUAUGCUUGGGUAGAAGAUGAUGAAAUUUCUUCUAACAAAGACAGUAAACAAGUUUACAUGAGUGCUGCCGAAAUACCUGAUGUAGGAGGAGAAUUUUUGCUUUGUUAUUAUAGCAAUAAUUUGCAGUCCAUAGUUGGUAUCAGCCAGCCUUUUCAGAUUCAGCCUAACAGAACAUUAAUAGAAACGGAUCCGACACAGGAAGAGAACAGUUGGAUGCAGAAACCUGACAAUCUGGAAUCAGGAGAUUCUGUGGAGAGCUCAAAGAACGGUGCUCUUUGA